AUGCACUGCUGUCAUGGCUGAACAAAGGCAACGUGCUUUGUCAACAUCGGGUGAAGCGUUAUAUGAAAUCCUGGCACUAGAGAAGGGAGCAACACAUGAUGAGAUUAAGAAGUCCUACAGAAAAUUGGCUCUGAAAUAUCAUCCUGACAAGAAUCCAGACAAUCCAGAGGCUGCAGAAAAAUUUAAAGAGAUCAACAAUGCUCAUGCAACCCUGACUGAUGUGUCCAAGCGAAACAUAUAUGACAAGUAUGGAUCAUUAGGGCUCUAUGUGGCAGAACAGUUUGGUGAGGAAAAUGUUAACACCUACUUCAUGCUCUCCAGCUGGUGGGCAAAGGGCCUGUUUGCAGUCUGUGGUUUGCUGACUGGCUGCUACCUCUGCUGCUGCCUCUGCUGCUGCUUCAACUGCUGCUGUGGAAAGUGCAAACCAAAGGCACCCGACGGGCAACAGCAGGAGUUCUGUGUGUCUCCAGAAGAUUUGGAAGAGCAAAUUAAGAACGACAUGGAAAGAGAUGGAGAAACUCCUAUCACGCUUCAGCCGACUAACGUCACUGAGAAGACACAACUGAUUGGGGACAGCCACCGGAGCUACCACACUGAGUCCUAGGGCAAGCCAGGGACCUGC